GUCAUCGGACGUCUCCAACGUCAUCACCUCAUCCGCUGCGGGUCCUGGUUCCUCCUGGACCUCCUGAUUAUCGGGAUUCGGCUCUUCGGGAUUGUGAUGAGGAGUGCCACCGCGAGAGCUCACCUUCCCUUUGAGCAAUGAUCCCAGACUGCCGCAAACUGUCUACAGAAUUUCAUUCAGAUCGGGAGAGGAUUCAGCGCGUCGGAGCAAUCCCAUCGAGACUUCGAGACGCCGUUGCUAGGCAGCAGCAACAGACAUCCCAUACAGACAUGCGGGGGAGACAGGGCGAGAGAAGAGAGAGAGAGACAGAGAGAAAGAGUGCGGAACCGUCAGAACAGAGAAAGAAAAAGAAAGAUCAUCUCCCGCGUGUUUCGCGCGCACACAUUCACCGAGCCUCGGCUGCCGGUCGUGCGCGACGAUCGGGUGUAUUCGGAUAUCCGCGGCUCGGUUCGGCAGCUCGGCGCGGUCGGUGGACGCCGCGCUCACUUCAGUUCAUUACGGUGCGUCGCGUGAAACGGACACGCGUGUUGAAUUUUGGGGAAGGAGGACGCGGCCGUUUCGCUGCAAACGUCACUACGGUGUGAACGGACACGAGAAGGUGGCGAGAUACGUAAGCGCGAUUUCGACUGGUUUUAUUGGCAGACGCACUCUUUCUCUCGCUCUCCCCCGAGAGUGAACGUCAUCCUGGGAGCACGCACGCAUCUCUGACAUGCAGCCGGUGAUCGCGGGCCAUUGUUCGCGCUGUUUGACAUUCGGGGCAACGGCCAGCAGCGGUGACUCCCCGCAACCGUACAACCGCGCGACUCCGGCUUGAAUUUACCUGCGAGUCGCCGAGAGGAGCCGGAGGACGAAGCGAAGGAGGCUGCGUCAAAUCGAGGGAUAUUUUUACGGUUUUCGAGAAUGGAAUGCAGAGGGCUGACGCAAAAGGAUUAAGCUAUACGAUCGACGCCAUGACACGCCCUUGCAUCGUCGGCUGAAUUUCACAUAUCUGUGAAGGUCCCGUGGUACAUUUAUUAUUUAUGAAUGGAUGGAGCUGCGACGGGGAUCGUUGAAGAAGGAUCGGUUGCGGAUCUGGGAGGUUUGGAAAGAUGGUGGAACAACCCGGGGAUCGCGGCCUGGAGCUUCGUGCUCUUCGGCUGCUUCCUCCUCAACGCGAUUCUUCUGCUCGCUUUUCUCGUACGACCCGGACUACGCACCAUUUCUAACAGAUUCGUGAUGAACCUAACUAUCUCGAAUUUGCUGACGUGUGCCAUGCUGAACCCGCUGCUGAUGAUGGACGGGCCGGUGGCAGGCAGCACGUUGACCACGUCUACGUCGAGGCCGGACGACGUCGGGUCGCCGUUCGGCGCGACGUCCACCGCGGCCAACAAUAUUUGCGCGAUAUCGGAAGGGGCGACCGCGCUCGUCACUACGUCGUCGGUGCUCUCAGUCCUGCUGAUCGCCAUCGAUCAGUAUUUCGCGGUGGUGGACCCGCUGCGUUAUCGGGCCCGGGUCGAUAAACUCAAAUCGGCCGUGCUGAUCGUUUCCGUCUGGCUGGUCUCGGCUGGGUUCGGCCUGGUUGCCGCUCUGAAUCCGAAUCCCCGUAGCUUAUGGUUGUCCUGCACGACGACGGUGUUGGACAACUCGUCCUUCCGCGACCAGGUCGCGCUGAACAUUUCCGCGGAGGUCGAUUCCGCGUUCUUCGGUAACGGGACCAGCGAGACGGAGAUCGACGGCACGAUGCCGACCCUGUUAAAGACGAUUGAGUCGAUCAAGAUCGACCGUAGCCUCCUCGAGAACUCCACCGUGAUCUUCCGCACCCUGACCAACGAUUCCGUGACUUACGGUCUCAUCUACGCGAUCGUACACAGCGUGUUCGCGUAUCUGUUCCCGUUUGCUGGAGUCUGCUGGAUUUACAUCAGCAUCUACUCGGCAGCGCAUCGAAACUCCGAGAGAACUCGCCGAACUGGAUCGCGACCGAUUCUGUCAUCUGCCAGUUUCUGCGAGGAUUCGUACGCGAGACCGCAAAAUCAGUCCGAUCUCCCGUGUCCGGAGGAAUUCCGCAGAAUACCCAAAAUCUCGAGUCUCUCGUCCAUCGACGAAACCAGCGAGACUACGCACUCGGCCAAUCAAAUCGCAUCGCGUCGAAGAUCCUUCUCAUCGUCCUCGGACACCGCGCAACCAGGAUCAAACGACGAGAAAACGUCAUCGGGAGUCGUCUUCACGGUGGGUUUGCAACCGGUGGAAGUCUCGUCUUCGCGGGAUCAAGAUAAUAACCUGACAGAGGCGGCGGACCUGAAUACGGACUACCUCGAGGACGUUUCGUCUUACGAGGACUUCAGAAAUGGUAAUAUCGAAGCGAAUCGCAGGAAAUCGUCGCACGAUCUAACGGACGAGAUCGGAGAACCGUCGGGAUGGAUUGCCGAAGACUCCAGCGGAUCCGACUCCGAGGAUGAUCGACAUUACGGCUACUUCGACUCCUUGGAAGUUCCCGGUACAACUUGCAAGAUAGCGGACCGAAGAUCUUCCGACGCGGAAGCUUCCAAACAGGACUCUCGAGAGGGAACGACUCGUCGCCUUGACGAGGCAGAGAAUUCUAUCAAGAGCGCCGAAUGGGAGCAGAUUCAAGAGAUCUCAAAUUUCAGUAGUAUUUCGGAGAACAAGAGAUCCAGACGACCCAGUCGUCGUUUGUCGAAAGCCGGGAUUUUGGAGGUCAACGGGGAGUCGCACGCGCUCGAGCGUAGAAACGCGGAUCAGAACAACCUGGAACCCUCGUCCUGUCUUCUGACGCCGAUCGUGACGAUCACGCCGGCGCCCGGUAAACCGGGCACUCUGCACCGGGUCUCCAGUGUCCGCAGCAGUAGCGGUUACAUCAACUGUUUCAAGCACAGGAUCAGCAACGGCUCCUUGUUCAAGUAUCGCGAGGAAACUCGGGCGGCGAGAAUCAGCGCGCUGGUGAUCGUCAUGGGUCUGAUCUGCUGGUCCCCUUACGUGCUGCUGAGUGUCAUGAAGAAUCUACCGCAGUACUCGGACUACGAGGUACCGCACGAAUACGACGUGCUCGCUCUCAGCUUCCUGAUUCUAGCCGCUUACGCGAGCCCGUUGCUCUUCGGCUAUCGGUCGAAACGGGUGAAGCGAGAGUUGCGCAAGUUCUUCUGCUUCCAUCGCGAGCUAUCGUACAAGAACAAUCGCAGCCUGAUGGCGAAGAAGGUGCUGAAGCGCCGGCACAGCAACACUCUCAGCCAUCUGGAAAUGGAUCACCGGUACAACAUUUUUAACUGCGUCUACGGCAAGAACAAGUGGCCGAAGGAGAAGGUGCAAUUUGUCCAGGUGCCGGAUACCGCCCUCGCGGUCGAGACCUGCAGGAGUAGCUUCUCCAGCGGCGCCAGCACGCAGAUCUCCAGCACGUCCACGGAGGAGUGUUGAAUCGCGAUGGACUUCGCGAAGCUCUGUGUCGAAAUCGCGAGAGAAUUAGUUCCUUCGAAGUUCACUACUAUUAUGUGCGAAAGGAGAUACGAACGACGCGAGAGGCAGCGGAAAUUAUUCUUGCGUUUAUGCAUGUGGUGCAAGUUUGUCGGCCGCCUCCGAGCGAUUGAGGACAAUAACGAAAUAAAUGACGUGGCCGGAUGAGAGUGCAGCUACAUGCGUGUGUUUUGAUAUUCGCUUGUGUAUGCGAAUCGGCAUACAUCUUUCGAAUUCAUCAUAGCUCUUAGGCGUUCCAGAGAUAGAUCGCUCUUUAUUUUAGAAUUUGUUAAUAGAGCGUAAAUGACGUUCGCGUGUUGCGUUGCGUAUAUACAUGUACAUAUAUUUUCUUACAUCCUGAAUUCAUGUAAAUUAUCAUUAUUUGUUUUGUCGACGACACGCUUUCUCGUUUAUACGUAACGAAAUUCGAUCUUGAAACAGUUUGUUUUGAAAAUCGACCGUGAAUUUGGAAACUCCUGGUCGUAAAGUAACUAAAUAAUACGCAUCGACACCGCGCUUUGCACUGCAAUCAAAAUAAACGAUUCGUUGCAUCGUUUCGAGCCCUGGCAAAGCGGCUGUUCGACGAAGAGGAUUCGCACUAGUAUUAAGAGCAUUAUUGUCGUCGGGUAUUAGCCAGCUCGAGAAGUAUUAGAGUUCGCCGAACCCGAGAAGGAGGCUUUAGUCUUUACGCUUAUUCACGCACUGUGUCCGCGUACUUCCUUCCUCCUGCGUUCACAGGUAGAUCAAUUGGUGCAACACGUGCACUCUUGAGCGAUUUUAUUUAUUCGUACGAAUUCGUCGUACGACUCCAUGUAGAUAUUGUACACAGCAUUUCAUGACAAAGUCCCUCUCGUCGAGGCGUCUUCGUGCCCCUAAUUAUUAUUUUUGUACAUUACAUAUAUAAAUAUAUAUUACUCAUUUAUAUUUAUAUUAAAUAAUUUGUACAUAGAGAGAUGAAAGGAUGGCGAAUCUCACCACUGCUAGUUCGUAUCUUGUAGAAUUAUUCGUAUCCUGUGUGUGUAGAAUUUUAUCAGUGUGUCCAAGUGGUCCGUAGUAAUUAAUGUAUGAUAUACAUUAUUAUUGCCGUUUUGUAUUAUCCGUCAUGGUGAACUCAAUACAGGCUGUCUAUAACAUGUGAUAACACCGAAACCAAUCGCCACUUAAUAUUAAUUAAUUUAUGUGACUUUCUAAAUAAAAUAUAUUUUUUGCG